AAGAAACCGGAGAUUUUUGGUUUUCGGAAAAGCUCAAAGCGUUUUUCUUUUGUUCUUUUGCCUUUCCUGCGAUUCUGAAAUAUAUCUGUACGAUCUUCAAUCAGAAUCGUAGCAAUGGCUUUUCGUGGUGAUCUUUGAUUGUUCCCGUUGUGAAAGGGAGUGGAAUCGCCGUCGUUCUCCGCCGCCAGGAGAUGGCCCAUCCGCCACAUGCGCCGCAAAAUCCUCCACAGUCGGCGGAUUCUUGGUCGUUUCUGUUUCUUCUCGCUAGGGUUUCAACUCCCACCUAAGACAGCCAAAGGAAGGAUCUGGACUCGUUGGUUUAUCCGAUCAAUCGUGUAGAAUCCGGACAAGCCUUCCGUCAGGCCGGUGGUUGUGAGAGACACGCCGGAAACGGUAACGCCGGAUUUGAGUCGCAGGAUUUGUAGCCAUCCGAUUGGAGGCCUGGGUCGUCUACCACAAUGGGCAAAGGGUGGUUUGUCGUGGAGAAGACGAGAAGAUGCGCAAGGACGGUUUUUUUCAUGGUGGCGAUGGUGACCUCACUUUUGGUGUCGUCGUUGCCAAUGCUUGUCGCCAUUGGAGACGUGCUCGUUCCGAGCUUCCUGUUGUCGAGCUUUACGUGCUUAACUUGCUACAGCGUGAGGGAGCAUCUGCAUCGAUACGGAUUGAAGAGCUCUUUGACUGAUAUACCUCUCGUCUCCGUCGUCAGAUCUUUCCUAGUCAUCUGUAUCUAUUCGCUAUCCGAUGGUCCUGCUCUCUCGCACGGCCCUUAUCUGGGAGCUGUAUCGCUGUGUUCUGUAGUUUCGAUUCUUCUUCUUUCAGUUAAAGCUUGCGUCUUCACUGUACAUUCUCAACUUGAGGCUGAAGCUUCGCUAUCUCUGUCAAGGAAACGGCUCCACCUUAAGAAGUCAUGGGGAAUGCCGGUUUUGUUCCUCUCUUCUGUGGUUUUUGCCCUCGGACAUACAGUUGUAGCAUAUAGAACUAGUUGCAGAGCAAGGAGGAAACUUUUGUACCACAGAGUGGACCCUGAAGCUGUCCUUGCAUGUAAAAGUGUUUUCUCUGGCUUUCAGAAAGCGCCACGUUCUCCAACUCCCUCAGCGGGGAAGGCCUCCAAGAUUGAUACUGAUUCGAGGUGGAAGCCUCUGUCAGCAACCCACGAUGAAGGAGAGGUCCCAGUGAGAUUGCUUGCUGAUCUUGACAGUCUCUUCAUUACGAUCCGAGGACUCACUGUGCAUUACAAGCUUUGUUUGCCCGGUUUGCCUAUUCAGUCCAUCUCCUCAACUUCCUCUCAUGAAGUCAAUUGUAAGUACAACACCCUGGAUACAAUGGCACUGGAAGGAAGGUUGAAGCCUGACAGGAAAGAAUCGAGUAUGAGCACAAGAACCCAGCAUCAUCAUCUCCACCGGAGCUACAGCAGUCAAUUUAGCAAUUCUUCCUUGCACGCCCCGCUUCUUGAUGGUUCUCUUCCUUCUCCUCAUAUGUCGAAAGAAAUUCAGGAUGGGAUGAGUCUAGACAAUGACAUGAUGCUUUCCAAUUGCGGGGCAGUGGAGCAAGGUUGGGAUGGGAAUGGUCAGUUUGGUAUAGUCCUGGUUCAUGGGUUUGGUGGUGGAGUGUUUUCUUGGAGACAUGUGAUGGGGUCUCUGGCUCAUCAGCUUGGCUGUGCUGUUGCUGCAUUUGAUAGGCCUGGUUGGGGAUUAACUGCCAGGCUGUACAAGAAGGAUUGGGAAGAGAGGGAGUUGCCCAAUCCUUACACACUUGAAAGUCAGGUGGAUUUGCUUCUCUCUUUCUGUCAUGAGAUGGGGUUCUCUUCCGUAGUACUUGUCGGUCAUGAUGAUGGAGGUCUACUUGCUAUGAAAGCUGCGCAAAGAAUACAAACAUCAAACAGCGCCAUAAAAGUUGCGGUCAAAGGGGUGGUUUUGCUUAAUGUUAGCUUGUCAAGGGAAGUAGUUCCUGCUUUUGCGAGAAUUCUUCUGCGCACAUCAUUAGGGAAGAAGCACCUUGUCAGGCCACUUUUGCGUACUGAAAUAGCUCAGGUGGUUAAUCGACGAGCUUGGUAUGAUGCCAACAAGCUCACCACAGAGGUCUUAAGGCUAUACAAGGCCCCGUUACAUGUAGAAGGCUGGGACGAGGCUCUUCACGAGAUUGGUAGACUGUCAUAUGAGAUGGUGCUUUUACCUCAAAACGCAACCUCGCUUCUGGAGUCCAUGGAGGAAUUGCCGGUCUUAGUCAUUGCAGGAGCGGAAGAUGCCCUUGUCCCUCUCAAGUCGUCCCAAGCCAUGGCUUCCAAACUCUUAAACUCUAGGUUAGUGUCGAUAUCUGGAUGCGGGCAUUUACCACACGAGGAAUGCCCAAAGACGCUGCUUGCUGCCAUGUCUCCAUUCAUCAAAAGACUUGCACUUAGGCAAGAUUUGCAGGGCCGGAAAGGAAAUCUCGUCCCAUCUUAGAUUACAGUUGAUUAGUGUUGACCCGACCCAAAGGAGAAAGAUCUUUGGGGGUUGAUCCUGAAGUUGUCUUUGUUAGGUUCUUUCUUCUUCAUUCGUAGUCUUUGUACAUUCAUCAGAUCAGGAAUAUUUAAAAGCAUUCUAGUUCCUGCACAAGUUUUA